AAUUCUUCUUUACUUGUAUUUUUAUCAGCCUGAUACUCUGUACUUGAAGCAUUAAAGUACUUCGCACAUGUUCAAUUCAUUCAUCAUGUCAUCGAACAAGAGCUACAGUUACAGUUCAUCCUCUGUUUCUUUCUCGUCUUCUACCACCCGUGACGGAAAGACCACAGGGUCACGUUUUGCCGAGCAUACCACCAGUGACCCGUCAGGUACCACGACGCAUUUUGCCUCGCAGCGUUCUGGCGAGCCACUCCACCAUGAGCGCCGUGAAUACGAUUCUUCAGGCCGUCUCACGUCUUCCGAAGGCCGAGCUCUGGGAGGUAGCGGCGUGGAUACGAGACGCCGCAUCGAAGAUGUCUCAGAUGAGCAGAGAGAGAAUGAUAAGUUGUAUGAGGAGCGCAUUGAGGAUGAAUAUGCGAAGAGAGAGGGCGGUGCAUAGAAUAGAAACAAGUUAUAUUGUGCUGGGGGAAUGAGGGUUACAGACUUCGUACUAUGUUUAACAUGAAUAUAUGCA